ACAUCUGCUUUUUAACUGUUUUCCAGAAAAAGUUUAUACAACAGUUAGCAUUGUUAGCAUUCAUUAUCACCCUUAUAAUUAGCAAAAUCACUUGGUUAAUUUGAUAAGCUAAAAAGAUUAUGGCUUUCACUAUCUACUUUAUCUUUUUUUUAAUUCAGCAUAAUACCAAAUGUAAACAGGUCUUUCUAAGCCACUGACUCAAGGAAGUUUGUCACACUCCACGAAAUUGGAAAAAACAGGUACCUCAUCUACUAAUAAUUUAUGCUACCAAUAAACUGGAAGAAAAACAACAACAACAAAAAUAUAAAUAUCAUACAGGAGCACAACAGCUAAAACCCCAACUGGACACUGCUUGUUAAGUUUCUCAGGGAACAGGAGGUAAAUUCAAUGGAGCUGUAAAGCAUAACAUUGAAUCACUUACAAAGUUUCAUCAAAACACUAAUUUAGUAGGUAAUCCCAAUCUACUGUGCAGAUAAAUUCUGAGAAUCAUUUAAGGCUUUUGAUGAUGAUUAUUUUUAACCAGUGGGAUCUACAGAAGUUUUUAACACUUUGAAUGAUUUGACAAUUACAUUUUUCUUACAGGCAGCUUUCCUAUAAAAACUAUUUUUCGUAUAAAUAUUCUAUCUCUGUGAAGUUAAUACAAAACUCUUAUUCUCUUCUAGGAGAAAGAUAAAAAAUGUAAUUGUUUUCCCAAACCUGAAAUAUAGUGGAAAAUGGUGGAAGAAAAUUGCACCGUGGUGACAGAGUUCAUUCUCCAGGGAUUAUCAGAUGUCCCUGAGCUGAAAAUCUUCCUCUUCCUGUUUUUCCUUCUAAUCUAUGGAGUCACAGUUGUGGGCAACCUGGGCAUGAUUGCACUGAUUCACGUCAGCAGUCGGCUUCACACCCCCAUGUACUUUUUCCUCAGCCACUUGUCCUUUGUGGAUUUCUGUUACUCCACCGUCAUUGUGCCUAAGACACUGGACAAUAUCAUCAACAAGGACAAAGCCAUUUCUUUCCUGGAAUGCAUGGUGCAAUUCUAUUUGUUUUGUGCUUAUGGAAUCACUGAGGUCAUCCUGCUGGCUGUGAUGGCCUAUGACCGGUUUGUGGCCAUCUGCAACCCCCUGCUGUACAUGGUCAUCAUGUCCCAGAAGCUCCGUUUGGAGCUAGUGUCUGGCUGCUACCUGUGUGGAACAGUGUGCUCUCUGAUGCACUUGUGUUUAGCUCUUGAGAUCCCGUCCUAUCUAUCUAAUGUGAUUAACCACUUCUUCUGUGAUCUACCCCCUCUCUUAUCUCUUGCCUGCUCUGAUGUCUCUAUGAAUGAACUGCUGGUGUACAUUGUGGCCACUGUCAAUGAGAGCAUCACCAUUGUGGUCAUCCUCACCUCCUACUUGUUUAUUCUUGUCACCAUCCUGAGGAUGCGCUCUGCAGAGGGAAGGCGUAGAGCGUUUUUCACCUGUGCCUCUCACUUCACAGCCACAAUUGUCUUCCAUGUAACAAUCCUUUUCAUUUAUUGCAGGCCCAGCUCUAGCAACAGUCUGGACACAGACAAGGUAGCCACAGUGUUCUACACUGUAGUAAUUCCCAUGCUGAACCCCCUGAUCUACAGCCUGAGGAACAAGGAUGUGAAAGAAGCUCUCAGGAAAGUGAUGGGAUUUAAUUUACUCACCAAGGGGCCAUUUGCUUAG